AUGACCGCCAAGCAGAUGCCUUUAUCACAAGAAGCUUUAGCUCGAUUCAAUCAGGCUUUAUCUGGGCACAACUUGGGACAGUGCCCUUGUGCAAACUCCAUUUCCACUCGCAGAAGUUCCCAGUCUGUGGACAUGCAUGCCAGCAAACAUCACCUGCAGCUGAAGAACAUCGAUGAAAGACCUCAUAUUCCUUCCAGGAGAAGCUCUAUUAUAAAUAAUGUCAAUGCGUCUUUUUCUCGCAAAAGCUCAAUGAUGCAAGGCAAAAGACAUUCCAUGAGCUGGAUGACCUCUGGUCAAGUCAGUUUCUCUGGAUUGCCCCUAUAUCAACCUAUUAGGGAAGUGAAAUGUGAAAAUACUUACAAAUCCCAGCCAGAUGAAGGCUACAAGUUUGAUCCCUACAAGGUCCAAAAGGUCUUGGAGGGAACUCUUUCAAACUACUUGGCCAACAACAGCUAUAAUCCUGUAACAAGUGUACAGUUAGUGCAGAGUUUGACAGACCAUAUCAGGUUGAAAGUGAAGGAUAUUAAUAUCCCGAGAUACAAGCUAGUAUGCAAUGUGGUGCUGGGCCAGCUCAAUGAUCAGGGAAUAUUAAUUGUGAGCCGUUGUCUGUGGGACACAUUGACUGACAAUUAUGCAACAGCUACUUUUAAAAACACUUCACUUUUUGCUGUUGCAACUGUGUAUGGGAUAUAUUUUGAAUAA